UCUCCGUCUCUCUCUCUCUGCCCCUUCGUCAGCUCACACUCUGUGUCUCUCCCUCUCUUCCUGAAAAAUAAGCAUUAAAAAAAUUUAAAAAACAGGGUUGACUGGGUGGCGCAGUCAUUGUAGCGGCUGACUCUUGCUCUUAGCUCAGGUCAUGAUCUUGCACAGGCUCUGCACAGAACGUGCUUGGGAUUCUGUCUCUCCUUCUCUGCCUCUCCCCCACUUGUGUUCUCCCGGUGUCUCUCUCGAAAUAAACAUUAAAAAAUUUUAAAUAAGAACCUCCAGUACAAAUGGGCCCCAUCCAAUCCCCUUCAGUCCUUCUUGUCUGGCAAAUUCUCGUCUCUCUGCUUUUUCUAGAAAUACCUUUCUCCAAGUUACUGAUCACUAUUGGAAAUAUCACAAUUGAGUCUAUUGAUGGCACAAGAAAUUCAGUCCCAGCACUACUUGCAAAUCAUUCAUUCAUCUCACAAAUACUUAUCCCAGGCUUACAUGGAAACAAAAGAAUUGGAGUUAGGUCACUAUUUCCUUCGUCUGUUCUCUUGCCAAUUCUACUCAGAUCUAUUUUAAAUUUCCUUCACUUUCCUCAACUUAGGCCCUCUUCAUUUUCCCUGCAGAUGUGCUGGACUACAGUUCACAGAGGAGCUAGAAAGCCAUGAGAUGGGAGCUCUUCAUCAGAACACAACACAGCGAAACCUUCCAACAAUAUUUCCCCAUUCCUCUUUCCUUCCCCAGUGUCGAAGGAAAUACUCUUUAUUGAGAGAUCCCUAAAUUCUAGUCUUGAUGGGACUGAGCCUCCCUUGCCAGGUCUCCUCCUGCUCCUUUCCCUCUUUUACUUUUUUAAGCUUUUUUACUACAGAAAUGUUUAAACAUGCACAAGAGCAGCUAGAACAAUAGAACGUCCCACACGCCCCUCACCCAAGUUGCGCUAUUAUCAUGUGGCAGAUGUGAUUACGAUUAAAGUGCAAAAGCCCAUUGUAAGAAUUUCCCAUCUAGGGGCUCCUCAGUCAGUCAAGCAUCUGACUUUUGGUUUAGGAUCAGGUAAUAAUCUCAGGUUCACGAGUUCCAACCUCACAUCAGGCUCUGUGUUGCUGGUGUGGAGCCUGCUUGGGAUUCUCUCUGCUCCUCCUCCUCCCUCUCUCUCUGCUCUCCACCCCCCUCAUGCUCGCUCCCUCUGUCUGUCUCUCAAAAUAAACAAACAUAAACAAACAUCUUGCCAUCCAUCUCUAAGACAUAUGCUAUGUGCCCAUGUCAAAGCUCUCACAUUUCUUUGAUAUUUAUCCCCUGUGGAACAUACUUAUUCACAAUAGAUGUAUGCAGCAUUGGUGCCAAAAAAGCACUGAACUUAUAGGCACUUUAGCAAUCAGUUCUGCUCUGCCUUGCAGUCAACCCUGAGGAGCCCUUUGAGUGAAUUCCUCACCUCCACAUGAGAAGUAAUCUUACAGAGCAAAUUCAGGGCACGAUCUCACUGUCCCUUCAUCACACACAUCAGGGCAGAGCCAAGAGGAGGAGGAAAGGUGGGACACUGAACGGUAAGGUUCUGCCUAUUCCACCUGAGCUCUCCAAGGGUGACCCUUUCUGUCCUUUCCAUGAGGUCCCUAGUCCAUGAUCUCUGAGGACAUCAUUUGCUAGAUAGUUCCCUGUCAGAGAAGAAGGGCCUCAGAGAAGAAGUCUCAGAGAAAGGCAGUCAGGGGCUAAGACCCUUCUCAGUUUUCCUUGUUCUGCCCAUCCCUGAGCACAAAGCAGUGAUGGACCUGGUCAAUGCGUGUUGCCCAAGGUGGCCGUGUGACUAUCAAGAGUCAGAACUUCUGUCUCCUGACUUUGUGAAAGACUGGAGACAUCAUUCCUAUUCAGAUUCCUCUUGAAAGUAAUCAUUGACCUAUGUCCCUCAUAGGGUUUUUUUCAAGAUCACAUGGGAUAGUAUAUAUGAAAGUCCUUUGUGAACGAUAUAACAACAUACUUAUGUGAGUCUUGUUAUUAUUAUCACUGACCAUGUGAUCUUAUAUCCUCAUUCUUGGGGCUCUCCAAAUCCAAUCUACCAAGGGUAUCUCUUAAAGGACACUGUACUCGGCCUCUCAUAAUAUCUCCUGCUUCAACCUUCACCAAUCUCCUGGUUUCCCAGGUUGGAGAACUUGCCAGAACAAAGUUGAGGAGAUAAGAAAGGUGAUUUCUCUUUUGCAAGGUGACUAAACAUUGCCUUCUUUCCUGACACCCCCGCCCCCACCUUUUUUAGCAGAGUCUAUGAAUUUCUAGGGCUUCAGGGAAGCCUGUAGUUGACAUGGGAUAGAAAAUCCUCAGAGUCAGAAUGGGAAAGCCUUCGGGAUGGGGGGUGGCACUACUUUUGCCAGAAUUGCCAGAGCCACAUAUGUUUGUUUUGGCCGUGGCUUUGGCCGUGGCUGCAGCUUUGUACCUCCUGUCUCCUGCAGCCCCCUGUGCCGGCAUCAUGAUACCGUGCACUUUCAUCAACUGUUAUGUCCAGACCCCUUCUGUGAGGUGUGUAAUAGUACAACAGCUGAGGUCAAUCGGCUGCUGUUCCUGGAGGUCCUGGAAGACGCUACUCUCUCUGUGAUCCCCUUGGCUGCCACAGCCCCUGUGACAGACUCAUCAUUCUGUCCUUCCCCUGCCUUCACAGCAGUCCCUCCAGGAGACCUAAAACCAGCCCUUUUGCCUGAGCCGUCCCCACCACCCCCUCCCUUUGCUCACCUAAGGUUUUCUUAUCCUCAUGACCAGGUCACUCUCUGCCACCAGAGUCUUUUCCUCCUUUGAGUUCCAGAUUCCCAGUGGGUGGGAUCACCCCAACCCACUGCCUUUCCCCCCUCUCCUACUACAUGACAUUCAGAAAGGGGAUCCUAUUGCCCAAGCCGAGUCCACUUUACCUCUGAAUACCAUCUUUUCUCUUGACCCCACCUUUUUCCAAGACAUCAACCUCUUACCACGUCUGUCCCAGACAAAGAAUCCCACUGAUUCAUUUGCUCGUCAUCAUGCACACCAGCCCUGUUUCACCACCACCAGACUGCACUUUAACUGCGACUCAAUCUAAAUCGAUUUCAAUCUCCUUGAAGCCUGUUCCAGAGAACUCAUCUCCAGAUAGCCCUGGUGGAUGGUCCACUUGUAUCCCAACAAUCAGAGGUAGUGCUCAUUUAAGCUCGUCAAUUUCCGGAUUCUCCUGUUGGCAGGCUCAUGCGCAGAACAUGUUCCUCCCCGCAUUAUCACACUCUAAUUUUCAGCAAGAGCAAGAUUACUUCCAUCUACCAGAAACCCAUCUCUGGGGAGACCCUGCUAACAGGCACAAGGAGGCCGGUGGAAUUUCUUUCCUUGACCUUAACAUACAGGAAGUCUUAGAGAGACAAAUGAAAAAGAGAAUGCCUUUCCAGAUUUUGGAGAAGAAAGAAAAAGAAGAGGGACCAUUUUCAAAACACACGUGGCCAGAAUACCAAAGGACAUCUUCAGUGAAUUCACUGCAGCCCUUUGAUGUACAGGUCACCACAGCCCCCAAAACUGGCUGGAAUUUUGAAGGCAAACCAGAGCACCUGUGCAUUUGUCAGCAGCUCCUCGAUCUCAAGUGUUUGGGGGAAAACUUGUAUCAGAAAUAUAGCCAGCUCGUCUGGGGUCUUCCCUCCUCACAUAGUGAGUCCUUAGUAGACACUCUCCUGGUUUCUAGUAGUACUUCCCCACUAGGGUCUCACUUUGUCUUAUUCAAUGGAUGCUGUAAUGCUCCUGCAGUCAAAAUGCAGGAUCAAGAAGUUCUACUCCACCCUCAUUCCCAUCGCCUUCCUCUCCCCGGUUUAUAUUCCCGACCCUGGCCUCAAAACUUGUCCCAAUCCCAGCCGCUAUCUUUCACUCAGGUGAACCCCCAGGCCCACCUUCAACCUCGCCUACCAAUCAUACCAUCGUCUUCUUCACCCCAGAAUAGGGACUGUGGAGUGUUUUUCCAAGGAUCCAAGAAUGAGUCAGACUCUCCUGUCUUGACUGAAAACCAGCAUGUGCCAUGGCACAUGUUGAAGAAGCACCAGGAAAGUUUGUGGGGUUUAGUCCCUGGGUUCCCAAGAUAUCCUGAAGCCAUUUGUCCUCAAGCCCCCAACUUUCCAUUGGUUAUAUGGUCAUCCAUCAUUCCUGGCCAUUUCCAUAUUACCUGUGAAUCCCAGGAGAGACUGGAGUUUCACAGUCCAAGGAAGGUACCCCAUGCUGGUGCUUGCAUGCCUGUACAAAUCUAGAGUCUCUAGCACUGAUGGAGCCUCAGUGUACAUGAACAGAAAUGUCUCAGCAAAAAAGCAGACAUGUUUGCUCAAAAUUCUCUGAGCUCCAGGGCCACAGUAGCCAAGGAUCUAGCAAAGACUGAAUCGAGUUUCCCAGGAAGUUUCCAUGAGAGGGUCCCAACAGAGUUCCAGCUAAGGAUGAACAUGAUGAGGAUCUUGGGUAAAUCUAGAGAAGAGCCCAGAAGGCAGCCCACAAAGGGUCUCAGAAUGCUACCUAGUGAAGGGUCUUAGGGCUUCUUUGGAGGCAAAAAGUAACUGUGUGUGUCAUUCAAGGAGUCACUAGGGAAUGAAUUGCUAAAUGUCUCAAGGAAGGACACAGACCAGAACCAAAUGAAAUCUGACCUUAGAUUACAUUUGAACAAGAAAUUUUGGUAGAUUACUGCGGGUAGGAUUCCUACAGGUGUGUGUUGUUCAUGGCUGGCUGAUGACAAUGCACUGCCUUUGUGUGGGAGUUCCCAGACUAAAAUGGAAAACACAAAUCAAAAAAGACAAUGGUGGGUAGGGUUUGCUGCCAGAUUACCAUUCUGGAGCCUUCCUUUCUCGAUCCCAAUACCCGACGGCUGCUAGAGGCCCAUAUUAUAAGAUUUCGGAUGAGUCGGAGGUGAGGUCUACCGCUCAGGGUUCUUGAAUCCAUAAAAUUCUAUAUGUUGAGAGAAGCCACAACAUGGCCUGUUCCCCAAUUAGACAUUCCCUCCUCAGCCAUGCAUAUUUCUCUGGUGGAUUCCAAAGCUGAGUUUUCUAACCCCCAUGAGAGAAGCUCUAAAACUUUUCAUGGCAACAGGAUGAGAACACCAAAUUCAGUCCCCACCCUGGAUCAUUCUCUCCCUGCCAUGUCACCUAUGGGCAAUGAAGGACAGAGGGCCCUGAAAGCAUCACUCUCUGACACCAACCAUGAGCUUGCAGAGGGUAUCCAGACAGCUGCGUAUGGAAGUCAGACUUUCCAGUCUCUUACACACAGCAUCAUAGCUCAAGUGAGACAGAGGGAGGCUGUACUAGACAGCAGAUGUGGCCCAGAGGUACCCCCAAAGCAAGCUGAAGCUGGACAUGAGCCAAAGGAUGAGAAUGUGAGUCCUGGCGAUGGAACUGAAAUGGCUCAGGGCAGAGCGAUGGUGCAGAAGAAUUUAGACCAUUUUGCAAAGCACAACUUGUCCAGGGGCGUAUUCAACACCAAGGAGCUGUGUACUCUUCAAUCCCAAUCUUGUGAAGUCUUGACAACCAGUGAGUUGGAAAGCUCCAAAAUGACAAAUGUCAAUUUGAGUAAGGUAGAAGCUGUGCCGACCACUGAACAGCCCUCACCAACAGCACUGGCUCCCCAAGAUUCUAAACUAUCAGACCUUAAAAGACAGCUCCUUAGUGAGUUAAAGUCGAAAGUGUAGAGGGAGGACCACAAUCAAGCUCAAGCAUGGAUGCCACUGGCAUGCCCCUUACUUCCGACAGCUUGACGUCCAAGGCCUCACUGACUCAGUCCCAGAGUGACUGUAGUGGGGAUAUGGGAGCGUCCCAGGUGCCGCAUGUCCACUUGGAGGACAACACAGCACGGAGCAGCAGCAGGAGUCCUGGCCCUCUAAGCUGGUCUUAGGUGAGUGCCAGCCUAAGAAUUUUCCACAAAGAAAAAGUGCAGAGAAAGUGAGACCUCAGGGUUCCAAAGCAGGAAAAUGUAGAAGGGAGGAUUCAGGGGUAGGGACAUCGGUAGCCAGAAAGAAGAGCCACCGUGUUGAGGACAGAAAAUUAGAGAGUGCUCCCUCACCUCUGUCACAGAACGAACAGUUUCUUCCCGAGAGUUACUUCAGAAAAAAGAUGAGGCAAUGUAUCAAGUGGAUCAAGGCCAUGAAAAAAAUCACAAAGCAGGAAAGUUGCCAGCACCGAGACCCAGUUGAAAGUGUGACUGACUGCUCUUGUGAGUGCUGGGCCUCCUGAAGCUCAUGAGCUCAUGAUUGCCACUGGGAAGAUCCUAGGCGUGAAGGUGGCAGGUAGGUAUGAAUCUAAGGCCUCAGAGUUAAGCCAGCAGAAGGAAGAACUCCAGGCCCAGGCAGGGCCUGACAAGAGGCAUCCCUCCAACUAUCAGGCUUUCUCUGACACACCACACGGCAAACGGGCCAGGAUCGAGUUCUGUAGCCAAGAAGCCGUCUCUGCGAACAGAAGUGUCUUACAAGUGUCAGGCAGAACAGACACAGGACCGGAAUUCCCCAGAAAGUUGGGGCCUUCAAGAAGCAGCUAUUAACUCCAAGCCAACUCGCUUCUUCUCUGUCCUCCAGGGAGCCCGUGCAUCACCUAGGCCCCACCUGUGUGCAUCAACUAUGCCAGGUCCUUGCAGCCCCCCUCACCGCUGAUGAAAGCACUGUGUUCAGAGAUUCAACCCUUCUAUUCAAGCAGAAAAUGCUUCUCCAGCACUUUGAGGGAGAAGAAAUUUCCCUAAAGAAAUCGUUUAGUCCUUGUUGAGAAAGCCUCACAGUUUUCACAGUAACAUAUCCUCUGAUCAGAACAAUCUUUCUUCAGCACAACCAAGAAUAUUAACCCUCCUCAAUAAACGUUUGCUCUAA